CAACACCAGCCGAAUUCAUUCUGAAACUCCCUAAGAACUUCUGUCACUACAUCCCUCGGAGAAGGUAGAGUUGGAGAGAAGAAAAAUCACAUUGAAAAGGAAUAUUCUGAUUCUCAACGUUUCCUGGAAAAAUGAGCCAUUCCCACCAUAUGGGGAUGAACUCUAUGGACCACAACAGUACCAUGCCACCUUCUCACCAUCACCCGGCCACUUCAGCCUCCCACUUCCAUGGAGGGGGAGACGGCAACAUGAUGAGGAUGCAAAUGACCUUCUACUUUGACUUUAAGAAUGUGGAACUGUUGUUUUCUGGCUUGGUGAUCAAUACAGCUGGAGAAAUGGCUGGAGCUUUUGUGGGAGUGUUUUUACUAGCAAUGUUUUAUGAAGGACUCAAGAUAGCCCGAGAGAGCCUGCUGCGCAAGUCACAAGUCAGCAUUCGCUACAAUUCUAUGCCUGUUCCAGGACCAAAUGGAACCAUUCUCAUGGAGACACACAAAACUGUUGGGCAGCAGAUGCUGAGCUUUCCUCAUCUCCUGCAAACAGUGCUGCAUAUCAUCCAGGUGGUCAUCAGCUACUUCCUCAUGCUCAUCUUCAUGACCUACAAUGGGUACCUCUGCAUUGCUGUAGCAGCAGGGGCCGGCACAGGAUACUUUCUCUUCAGCUGGAAGAAGGCAGUAGUAGUGGACAUCACAGAGCAUUGCCAUUAAUGUCGAACUCCAGGGUGUGGCCUUAUCGAUUGCAGUGGGAAGUAGUUCAAGACUGGAAGACAUAAUUCCUACUCGUAUCUUCCCUUCCUGCUCCUUAUCUCCUUAAACACACACAUGCUCAACAGAGGUUUACUUACAGUCUGAGCUAAAGUGGUAACCCCCUCCCCACCCCGGCUGUUCUUUUUCCUGUGCUGAGAUUCCCAUUUUUCUUGAGGUAAAGCCACCCGUGAGAUGUCUUCUUCAUCAUUAUCUUAGAUCCAAGUUGUAUGUUCUUGUCUAAUCCAGGUAGCUUUCUCUUCAAUGACUUGAUCAGCUGCUUUCUUUUUGAGUCUUCUGUUUUUAUUUUUACAAGACAAUCUGAAUUUGGUGGGUUUUUCCUGGGUCAGUGGUGGAAAGAGAUUAACUUCAGCUAGGAUUCAUGGCAGCUGAGGGAAAUUCUUGCUCAACCUAAACCCAGAACCCAAACUUAACAUUAAAAAAUAAGUUUCAGUCUUUGGACUCAAUGAGUGGGAAAUACAUAGUGCCUUUCCCUAGAUGUAAUGUGUUGCACCAAAAUCUUUGUAGUGGGCAGAGGGUGGCUUGAAACUAAAUAUAGGUCAGGAGCUUGCAGAAGCAUGCAUUCUUGGGUGGCUGACUCAUCUAUUGUGUUCCCACUUAACAUUUUGAUUAGAGUGAACUUGUCAAUAAAAAUAGAUGACAGUCAAUUUGAGAAAAUAGAAAUAGAUAUUUUAAAGUAAAACUAUUGACAUUUUACUGUGACUUGGUACCUUGGUUUGUCACAACUGAAUGAAGCAAAAGAGCUUGAAUCAUUAUCUCCGAUUAUUAUUUUUAUGUCAGCCUCUAAACCAGUGGUUUUCAAACUUUAGCAUGCAUUAGAAUCACCUCAAGGGCUUGUUAAAAACACUAGUUGCUGGGCCUCCACCCAUAGCCCAAACUUGGCAUUUCUAACAAGUUAUCUCUGCUUUAAACCUGGUGGGAUGAUCAUGGUAAUUUGAAUUACUGAUCGGUAAGUGGUAUGUCUGGGCUUCACUCAUGUACUGAAUGCUACUGAUCAAUACUUAAUCAUUCCACAAACUUUUAUUCAGCUCUAAUUGUGUGUAUGUGUGCCCAAGCACACAUGCACAAAGAGCUGUAGCCAAAAUAACUUUUAUCAGCAUAUAUGAAAUCACUCAUCCUUAUUUUUAAAGAUCUUGGAAAUAGCUUGAAGAUUGAGAAAGACCUUUGAUCUGCAGUGUAAAUUAGCCAGUCAUAGGCCAGAAGGACAAAAGUCUAGCCCAGUCUUUGGAGAGGCUUAGGGUGUGGUCUGCUGAUUGCCAGAUAUUCCUUAGCCCCCAACAUCCAUGCCCAUACCAGGCAGAUCCUCAUCCUCUAUGUGACCAUCUUUAUUACUCUUGGGGGCUUUAGUUAGAUCACAAGAAGCCAAAAUCUCUUCUCAAUGAAGAAUCACAUUGGAUUUUUAUCUAUUCAUUUUUUUAGUUUACACCACAGCUUUGUUCCCAGUCCAAACUACCUCUAUAAAGUGACUUUUCUAUGCUGGUCUGUUAAAUCCUGCCCUCCUUGGUGCUAGACUCCAAUUGUGCCUCAGGGCAGAAGAUAGAACACAGCUAUUCUGUUGGCCUCUGUUGUGGUUUUUAAGUCUGUACUUUCUCUGUGGGUACAGUUAAAUAUUGGAGUGAGGAAUGUGUACUUCCAUGGCUUUGAACCAAGAGAGGGUUAUGAGCCUACUAAAUCGAGGUUAAGACCUAAGAAUCAACAUUUGGAGUUUUGUGCUUUUCUCUCAUUCCAAGCCCUUGUAGUGCAGAUA